UGGUUUGCAUCACGUUCUUUUAGGUUAUGUUACCUUUUAUUAUGAAUGGUGAAUAGCUCAGGCCUAUGCUAAAAAGCUAGCUAGAGUAAUUAAUUAUAGUGUGUUUAUUACAUUGAUUUUCCACUACCAUGAAAGCUAAAGACAAAAAUAAAAAUAGAAAUAAAGAAAAGGUAAAGGUAUUUUCCAAAAAGAAGACCUUUGAUCAUUUUGAUAAGGUCAUAAAAAAACUUGAAUCAGCCAAGAUUGAUAUCUCCCAAGUAAGAACGUUUACUGACCUGCCAUUAUCUCCACCAACUCAGAAAGGACUCUCUGAAAAUGGCUUUGAAAUUCCAACAGAAAUACAAAAGGAGAGUUUGGUUUACAGUUUGCAAGGCAUGGAUAUCUUAGGGGCUGCCAAAACUGGAAGUGGGAAAACGUUAGCAUUUCUUGUACCUAUUCUUGAGACUCUUUUCAAAAAGAAAUGGACUCGAAUGGACGGUGUUGGAGCUGUGGUUAUCACUCCUACAAGAGAAUUAGCUUACCAGAUAUUUGAAACUCUGCGUAAGGUAGGAUUUCACCACGAUUUCUCUGCUGGCUUGAUCAUUGGUGGAAAAGACUUACACUUUGAGAAGCACAGAAUGGACCGAGUGAACAUUGUGAUCUGUACUCCCGGCCGUUUGCUUCAACAUAUGGAUGAAAAUCCUCUUUUUGACUGUGUAAACAUGCAAAUAUUAGUUUUGGAUGAAGCGGAUCGCUGUUUGGACCUUGGUUUUGAAAAGACGAUGAAUAGUAUAAUUGAAAAUCUUCCCCUAAACCGGCAAACUCUAUUGUUCUCUGCUACUCAGACAAAAUCGGUACGAGACCUAGCCCGGUUGAGUUUGAAGGACCCUAAGUACGUGUCAGUACACGAGAAUGCUCAGUACAGCACUCCUGAUGGCUUGACACAGAACUUUGUCGUUUGCGAACUUCACGACAAAAUGGCGUUUCUGUGGUCUUUUAUAAAAAACCAUUCCAAACAUAAAAUAUUGGUGUUCCUAUCCAGCUGUAAGCAGGUGAAGUACAUGUUUGAAAUACUGUGCAAGCUGCGACCAGCUAAUGCACUGCUUGCGUUGUAUGGAACAUUGCAUCAGGAACGGAGAAUGAAAAUAUACAAUGCUUUCACUCACAAGCAGCACGCUGUAUUACUGGCUACUGACAUUGCUGCUAGAGGACUAGAUUUCCCAGAGGUCAACUGGGUCAUACAGCUGGAUUGUCCCGAGGAUGCCAACACGUACAUUCACCGUGCAGGACGUACCGCUCGCUACCACAAGGGCGGAGAGUCUUUGCUGGUGCUGCUACCUUCAGAGAGAGACACAGUGUUAAAACAUCUUGAGGAGAAGAAGAUACCCAUCAAUGAGAUCAAAGUGAAUCCAAUGAAAUUGACGAAUCCUCAAGUUAAAAUGGAAGCUUUUCUUGCCAGAGAUCCAAAUCUGAAAGCUUCUGCUCAAAGGGCUUUUGUUGCUUACUUCAAAUCUGUGUUUUUAAUGAAAGACAAAGAGGUUUUCGACAUCAAUGCCCUGAAUCCUGACACUUUUGCAAGGUCUUUAGGUCUUGUUGUAUCUCCAAGAAUACGAUUUCUUAACAAAUACAAAAAUCAAAUUCAGAAUGCUAAAAAAAGCAGAGAUGAACUUCCCUCUUUGGAAACCAAAGAUUCUGAUGAAAGCGACAAUGACCUUCCCAGAGCAAAUGUCAUUCAACCGCCUAAAGAAGUGCCAAAAGGAAAAGAAACUUACAACUUUGGUGGAGAUGAUAGUGAGAGUGAUAAUGAGUUCUUAACCAUCAAAAGACAAGACCAUCAGCUGGAAGUCGAUGAGAAGGAUGAAAUCACAGAUUUAUUAGAGCAAAUGCAGAACAAGUCAAAGAAAAAACCUCUGACUAAAGCAGCAUUGGCCAAGAAAGUUUUAAAAAAGAAAAUCAUCCCGAACAAAAAAAUAGUCUUCGAUGAAACUGGAGAGACCCAAGAAGAUCAAAUGAAGGCGAGGACCACAGAAGAGGGACGUCAAUACGAAGCAGCAGCUGAAGGUGGAAUCGACAUUGCUGAAGCCCAGAAAGUUAUGAGAGCUGAGGAUAAGAUCGACAGGAAACUAUUUCGGGAGAAGAUCAAAGCAAAACACAGAGAACAGAGGCUGAAGGAGAAGAAGAUAAAGAAGAAGAAAGACAAGGAAGACGAAGACGAGGUGGAAGUGAAACUUUACAGUGGAAGCGAUAGUGAGGGAAGCGGACCUGACUUGUCUUGGCUGCCGGACCCAGACAAGGUGUUUGGAGAGAAGGGAACGAGAGAAUCGGACAACGAAGACUCAGCAGAAGAAUCAGUUGAUGAGGCUGAGGUUGAGAGGAGUAAAAGCAGGUCUCAAAAGAAGCCGGAAAAAAGAAAAAGAAACUCUAAAAAGGAACCAAAAUCUAAGAAGGUCAAGAGGUUAGAAGAGGAUGAAAAUAUCAGUGAAGAUGAACCUCCGGACACAGGCUUAUCUCUUGUGGAAGAUGAAGAACUCGUUUUGAGAUUCUUGUCAGAUAAAACGUAACUGUAAGAAUGUUUGUGCAUACGUACUUUUGUAAAUAUAUAUUUGAUUUUUAAA